CGUUCUUUGACAUAUCCUCGAAAUUGACAAUAUCAUCCAAAAACACACACAGUCCGAAAACAUUUUUUAUUGAAAAAGUGAAAACUGAAUGAAAUAAUGAACUUUCUGCUCAGGAACCGUAAACUACCAUAUUUAAUAAUCCGUAGCAAGUCACAAUCGACCACAACGCGUAUCAUUUUAAAAGAUAACUUACCAGCAGUUGCCUACAAACCAGAAAUUGUUGAAAAUAAUAAGUAUGAUAAUUGGGAGAAGAAUGGUCUUUUUAAGGCAGAGAAUGCCGGUGAAAAGCCAAGAUAUAGCAUGGUUUUACCACCACCGAAUGUCACCGGCAAAUUGCAUUUAGGCCACGCACUGGCAUGUACAGUACAAGAUGUUAUUAUAAGACGCAAGAGGUCUAUGGGCCACAAUGUCCUAUGGCUGCCUGGCACGGACCACGCUGGUAUCGCCACACAGGGUGUUGUAGAAAAAUAUUUAAAAACAAAACAAAACACAACACGCCAUGAAAUAGGAAGAGAGAACUUCGUAAAUGAAGUUUGGAAGUGGAAAGACAAGCAUGGUGAUACCAUUACCAACCAACUGCGGACACUUGGGUGCAGUUUAGAUUGGUCAAGAGAAAUGUUUACGAUGGACCGAACACACUCACAUGCAGUGAAUGCAGCUUUCAUAGAACUAUUCGUAAAAGGCCUUAUAUACCGCAAGAAAGCUCUUGUAAACUGGUGCAAUGCGUUAAAAUCUACAGUAUCUGAUAUAGAAGUAGAGAAUAUUACUUUAGAUGGACCAACAGAUAUAACUUUGCCAGGUUAUAACAAGCCAGUAAAGUUUGGUCUGUUGUACGAUUUUGCGUAUAAGAUUUAUGGCAGUGAGGAGGAGAUUGUUGUGUCAACUACUAUGCCGGAGACCAUGUUGGGAGAUACUGCGAUUGCGGUAAAUCCUAAUGAUGUCAGGUAUCAACACUUAAAAGGGAAAAAAGCAAUCCAUCCAUUUAGAAGUCAAAACGAAAUUAUACCGAUCAUAUUCGACGAAUUUGUCGACAUGAAAUUUGGUACAGGAGCUGUGAAAAUUACACCCGCACACAGCAAAACAGAUUACGAAGUCGCCAAACAUCAUCACUUGCCUUUACUCCAAGUUAUAAAUGAAGAGGGAGUCAUAAUAAACACAGAAGUAUUUAAUAACGUCAAACGAUAUGACUGCAGGCAAAUGUUGGUUAAAAAGUUGGAAGAUAUGGGACUACUAAAAGCAGUGAAACCUCACCAAAUGACAUUGCCCACUUGUAGCAGAUCUGGCGAUGUCAUUGACCAUUUGCCGAAAGAACAGUGGUUCCUAUCUUGUUCCAAAUUGAACGAAAGAGCUACGGAAUUGGUUAAGAAGGGAGAUUUGAAGAUACUGCCAGAAAAGUUUGUCAAACAUUGGCUCCAUUGGACUGGAGAUGAUAGGGAUUGGUGUAUAUCCAGGCAGUUGUGGUGGGGGCAUCAAAUACCAGCGUACAAAUGCACUGUAGAUAAAGAUGUGGUAUGGAUUGCCGCGAUGGACGAAGCUUUAGCCAGAGACGAUGCUUCAAGAGUGCUUAGAACUUUGCCAGAACUAGUCAAAGUUCAGAGAGAUACAGAUGUAUUAGACACGUGGUUUUCCUCUGGUAUUUAUCCAUUUGCGUCUCUAGGGUGGCCUGAUUACUCCAGUAAGGAUUACAAAGACUUUUAUCCACUAGACCUUAUGGCCACAGGACACGAUAUUUUGGGUUUCUGGGUCCACAGGAUGGUUAUCUUAGGCUUAGAAUUAACUGGGCGUCUACCAUUCCAUAAUGUUUUACUACACGGAAUUAUUUGCGACAGUAAAGGCGCAAAAAUGUCCAAAAGUCGUGGCAAUGUUAUAGACCCGAUAGACGUGAUUAAUGGUAUUUCAAUAGAACACCUGAAAACCAAAUCGGAAGACAUGUACAAAACUGGAGUUCUGAGUAAGGAUGAAUUGACAAAGGCUCUGGCGUAUCAUAAAGCAAAUUUUUCAGCGACUAAAGGCAUUCCUGAAUGCGGCGUAGAUGCCCUGAGGUUUACUUUACUAACGCAGGAUAUAAAAUCGCAUUUCGUUAAUUUCGACGUUGCUGUAUGUCAUUCGAAUAAGCUAUUCUGCAAUAAGAUAUGGCAAAGUAUCAAAUACAUGCAGCUUUCAUACGCUAAACUGAAAUCUUGUGAUGAAGAGAUUACUAAAAACGAUUUAACCUUUUUUGAUAAAUGGAUACUUAGUAGACUAGCGGAUAUGGUCGAGACAGUUAAUAGUAGUAUAGAUAACUACGAUUUUCAUUUAGCAACGAAAGCAAUAAGGACUUUAAUUUAUAAUGAGUUUUGUGAUGUUUAUUUAGAAGCAACGAAACCUGGGUUUGAUGAUAAAGAUGUGAAAAAAGGCUAUGCCCAUGCACACACUUUGUCUGCAGUUUUAAAUACUGCCCUAAGAUGUUUAGCACCUUACAUGAUAUUUGUUACAGAUGAAUUGAUACCAAAAAUUCCAAAUUUUGAAAAUAAUGUUAUAAUAAAUUAUAAUGAUGAAUCUAAGAAAUAUUUCGACUUUCCAAAAACAGAUGAUUUUGAAAUAUGGAAAGACGAAAUGGUAGAAAAUAGAGCUGAUAAAGUAUUAAACACAGUUUAUUUAGUUAGGGAAUUAAAAGCUCUUUAUAAUAUUUCUAAUAAGGUGAGACCUUCUAUAAGAAUUAACACAACAGACAGUGAUCUCAUGUCUGAUUUGGAAAAUAACAAAAACAUAGUUUUAAAUCUGACGAGAUGUUGCGAAAUUAGUUUCACUGGUGCUGAAAAAAAUUACGUAAAAGGUGUACUUGACAAUAAAACUGAAGUGAGCGUAGAAAUUAUAGGAGAAGACAUUGAAACCGCGAUUUUAUCAGCAAAGAAGAAAUUGGAAAAGAGAAUUAAUAAAUUAGAAGAGAGUUUGACGAAGUUGGAAUCGAAAUUCUCUACUAAACACUAUUUGUCGUCUGUGCCGGAAUGGACGCAAAUUUCGGAUAAAGAGAAAUUAGUAACAAAAAGGAAAGAAUUGCAGGAGUUACAAAGACUGAUUUAGAAUUGUUAGUAUACCAAAUAUCGGCAACACAGUUCCGCAUUUAGAAUGUGUAUUAUUAUCAAGUAAAAAUCAUAAUAUCUUUAGGUGUAUAUUAAUUCGUAUAUUCUUCAUUAAUUUAGAUUUGCAUUGUAUAAAAUUGUUGUCAAUUUACGAAGUUUUAUUGAAAAUCGUUCGAGACACUGUUAACUACAUUUAUGAGAUUUUAAUAUGAAUAUCAGUUGUAUUAAUUCCCUGAUACUUUUUUUAUUUUUCUUUAUUAGCAUUUAUGUCAGUUUGUAUGUGUUUGUGUUUUGAUAAAAUAAUAAAAUGUCAAAAUAUACAACAAACAAUAUAUUUUA